AUACGGGGUGCCCCAGGCGAUUGAGAAAGAGCGGAGACAACUCUUCUAAUACUGGGUCGAAUCGUGCAAUAUGGGUGAAAAGGAUAGCCCUACAUCCAUCGCGGGAAUCUGGGAGAUUGCACGACGGGAGUUCGAGCGGUUGACCGGCAAACAACUUCAGCCGACUUCGGCAGCUUCCUUGCAGCAUAUUCGCGACACGAUCGAAGCCUCUCGUUCAUCCAAGGACCCCAAUGUCGAGAAGGCAAAGCAAGCUGGCCUACGAAUUGUGAAAUGCAUACAGCUCCUGGGUGGAGUGGCAUCUCAGGCUGCGUCGCUGGCCUUCCCUCCGGCAGGCGUCUGCUUUAGUGCUCUAUCGUUUCUUCUUGACAUUCCGCCAAAGCUUCAUGGCUUCCAUGCUGCCAUUGAUGGCAUAUUCGUCGAGGUUGAGCCAACACUGGUGCAAUUCGAGAUGUAUCGAGACAUCGAGAGCAGGGACGCAGUCCAUCCCGACAUGGUCUUGGCCAUCAACAAGGUCAUGAUCAGUUUUGUGACUCUCUGUGCCAAGUGCAUUAAUUUCAGGGAUGGCGGCUUCCUAGUACGACUCAAGGCCAACCUGAAGAAGGCCAUGUUUGACGAGGAGGGAAUUCAAGACGAGCUCGCGCACUUCAAGAGCUUGAUUGAAACCCAGAAAAUGAUUGAGGGCACCUGGACUAUCCAGCAGGUUAUCGAAACUAAGAGAUCGUUGCUCUUGGUCAAAGAUGAUACUGAAAAGAUUAUAAAGACUACGGACGACAUUAAGGACAAGGUCGGGAAUUUAUCCGCGGAACAACAGAAGCGUCGAACCGAGCAGACGACCAAGAGUCAUAUCGAGAAAAUUCGCAAUACACUUGGAAUCUCGGAAAACGAAGUUACAAGCACAAUCAACGUCUGCGACAACUUGUGGAAAAGUACCGUCAAGGGGAGUGGAGAGUGGUUGAAUCGAAUGGACGAGUAUGUGAAUUGGGUCAAGAAUGAUCCUCCAGAGACCAGUCCUUUGCUACUCUUGGCUGGUGACGGGGGGUCAGGAAAGUCAGUUCUUGCAUCAGUUGUUUAUAAAAACCUUGACAAACGGUCAUCUUCCCUGACUCAGGAGACUGGGCGUACGCUGGUUCAAAGCGAUGGACGCACGCUGGUCGCAUAUUAUGCGUUUGCGCCUACAGGUAAAAUUGACGACGACAAAACACCUGCCGAAACAGCAUUAAAGUCUGUGUGCAUUCAGUUUGCUCUACAAGAUGCUGCAUAUGCUAAGCAGCUAGCGGAGAGCUUCAAAGACAAUACGGAUGGGGCCAAGGACGGACCGGAUCUUGUCAAAGAGCAAGCCAAAGAUGCCAGAUACUUCCGCGAUGCAGACUGUCAACAGCUUUGGAACGACUUGAGACUUGGAGCACCCACGCAGACUGCAACCCAUUUUUUGCUGCUCGAUGGGAUUGACAAUCUCCCAGCCAACAAGCUGCAGGAGCUUGGAAACAUCUUUCGAGGUAUCAGCGAAGCUCAAGGCCCAGAUCCUCGCAGGGAAGCACGUAAUGGAGCUAGAGUGCUUGUGUGCGGAAGCCUGCAGAAGCUUGAAAAUCUGGGAGAAGCACCCGAUGGAGGAGUGCAAUUUCCCACGAUUGAUGUUGGGUCCUGCAACGGGGAUGACAUUGACAAAUACAUCGAGCGCGAGUUGCAAAACUCAGAUCUAUUCCAAGCAGACAAUGCGCAAAAUCGACGGAUCAAAGAGGAAGUGCAGGCCGCACUCAAGACACGAGCAGAGGGCACUUUUACUCAAGUGCGAAGCGACAUUGGAAUGGUCAAGGGUAUCGUAGAGUCUGAGAUGACAGAGGACGAUCUGAAAAAGGCCCUGAGCGCAACUAAGAAGAACGCAAAGGCUACAAUCACCGACGAUAUUGCGUCACUCGAAGCCUUGCCCAACAACCAGAAACUCAUCGACGAGGUGAAUGAACUGCUCGUUUGGGUCGAUCUUGGGCCCUACUAUUACAAUGUCGAAGAGCUCGAAGGAAUUCUUUUCCUUCGCUUUGAAGCCACAUCUCUCAAGCCUCUGCGAGAGAAGCUUCAGGGUACCUACACAAAGCUUUUCUAUGUUGAUUCGGACGGAGAGGUCUUGUUACAAGACCAUAUCAGAGAUCAUGUCAAGCUGGAGGACCGAGCACAGAAACGAGCGUCCAACGAACGAACAAUCAGCAUCAACAUUACAAUCACCAAUGCUGAUUCAGAAAGUAUUCAGCGCUUCUUCUGGGACUUGGGCCGAUUUGGGGCUAUCGAUCAGUUCAAGUUCGCCCCAACUGGCAUCUCCGCUGAUUCUUCUUCCGGCUUCGGUCCCACUCAGAAGAAACGUAUUGGUAUCAAUGACACCGACUCCCAUAUGACCAUGCUCAAAUUUGUAUUCUCACUCAUCUUCAAUCCUCCAAAUGAAACGACAGAGCUUGUGGGACCCAAACUUUUGGCCGGUCUCACGUCACAUUUGGACAUGUUGCGCACCGCAACCGAGGCUGAUGAGUUGAGCGCCGAGGAGAGACGUUUUAUUGCCAGAAACGUUCUCGAUAUCUUCCAUGAACCUGAACAUCUUGAGAAGCAUUGGAAGAGCACCGAGUUGCUUGGUUGGACGGAGGAUCAAUCCAAGAUGGAUUGCAUCUGGGGCUGGCUUAAGGAUCCCGUAGCCAUCAGCAAGCUCGACGCACCAAAGGCAGAAUGGCUCGCUGCUGCGACUGAUGAUUGGAACCCGACGAGGAAAUUGUUGACCCCCUUCAUGAAAAUGCUUGCUCGUCGAUGGUUGCAAGAUAGGGAAUGGCAGCCGCUCCGGCCAUGCGCUACCAUUUUGAAUGCGCUGAUGAUGACUUCACAGGACAACCGAGUUCUUUCUGACGCUGUCAGCAUGGAGAAUGACGAGUAUAUGUCCAUCAAACGUGACGAACUGGAUCAAAUCCGCCCCUUCCUGAUUGAAAAAGCGUCCAAUUGGAGCAAAGCCGCGCUUGAAAUUGAAGAGACCGACUUUGUGUGGCAUGUUCGGCUUGGAGAGACUUACCGUGGAUGCCAACAGCCAGAAAAGGCUCGGGAAGAAUAUGGAAAAGCCGCAAAAAUACUCCAGGAUGACGAAGCAUCUGGAAAGGAGAUUGACAAGAACGAGCUCCGUGAUAUUUUCAUCCUGAUGGGACGCUUGUCUUCUGGUGAAGAGGCUCUUGAAUUUUAUGAGAAGGCCCGUGGAAUCGAUCCCGAGAACAUUGAGACUCGAUAUCGCAUUCUCAAAUACCGCAUAUCCAACUGCACGGUUGAUGGACAGGCAGCCGUCGUGCGGGAGGCACUCACCAGCGAGGAUGGAAUCCACCCGGACCUUUUGGAGCCUAUUUUGAAGCUGGUCAUUGAUGACUACAAGGUCGAAGUUGACAGUGAAAUCUCCAUAUUCAUCAUUUUUAACGCAGUCAUCUCUGGCGCAUCGCUUAUUCCGGAAUGCUGGCCAGAACUACUCCAAUGCAUGGACAAGGCCAUUGAGAAGGCCGAGAGUGAAAGCAGCUCUGACGACCUUGCGAUUCUGCAUCUGCAUAAGGGUAUUGCAGCUUCCCUUUGUGGUGAUGACUACACGUCGACGAGAUCUGAGGUGGAGCACUGGCAAGAAUGCUGGGCAGCUGCACGGGACAAUGGCUACUUUAAACGGACCAGCACUGCUACUACACUGUUGGUCGGUGAAAAUAGUGAAGCCAGAAGUCUCUCUGGCCAUCUCCUGAUUCUUGUCGGUGAUAUCCUCAGCAAGUAUCACUUUGAUCAAACGCACCUGUUACUGGAUGGAGACGAACAUUCCUACCAGAAUCAGAUCAGAGAGCUUGAGAGAAUUGCAACGGAUCAACUACCGGACGGAAUGUCAGGCUGGACAAAAGCGAAAUGUUACCUGGCUUCUCAAUACGUACUUCGUGGUCAGGUUGCCCAGGCCCAGGCAGUCUUCCAAUGGGACAUGGCGGUCGUUCUCAACAUGCUCACCGAUGAUGAUUCAGGCAAUGACUGGGUCGGAUACAGCAUGCUUGCCCAUCUCUUGACCCACGUCGGAGACUACGCAAACGCCGGAGUGGCCUACAAGCUCAUUCCAAGUGCGUUCCUCGACCAAGAAAUCCUCACGGAGCUUUUGCACAUCGGCGAUGAAGCCGCAGCCAUGGCAGCAACCAAGAAAAUCACCGACUUCUAUGCUUCCAACUGCUCGGAAGGUGAGAUCCCCUUGAACCAAGUCAUCACUCUUCAGAGCGAGGUCGCCCGACUCUCUGAGCAGGCAACCGAAGAGGACGCAGAGCACUGGAAGGAAAUGGCCCGCAUCCUGAAGGAAUUCAACGAUGUCCUACAGGUGGAAUGGUACAUUCAAUGUGACAGCUGUGAGGCUCGCUGCGGUUUCGACGAGUCCUACUGGGCCUGUGGAUAUUGCUUCUGCACUCACUUCUGCGAGAACUGUCACCAGAAGAUCUCUGCCAAAGAGAAGACUUCUAAAGAACGGCGUAAACUGCUUGUGUGUAGCGAGACGCACGACUGGUUCCGCCUGCCUGCCUGGGAUGCAAAGAGAUUUGCGUGGGUGUGCCGUGGUAAGCUUCCGGCCGUGGAGACGGAUGGUGAGAUUGUGAUCUCGGCGGACGGUGAAGCUAUACCCGUGCGGAAGUGGUUGGGAUAUCUGUGUGGUAAAUGGGGAUUGAAUAAGGAGGACUGGGGGUUUGAUUGAGGGCGGCGUUGAUUCAGUGGACGCCGUGGACACCGGAGCUAUCAACCCCCGUAGCAAUUGACUCCCAUAGCUAGUUGCUACUAUGGCUAGUAUGGCUACCGUUCUGAGAGAUGUGAGGACAUGUAAACUCCAUCUGUUCAGAACUGUCUCAUUAGACCAGACAUGUUAUGAUUGAAGAUCAAGUUAUGUAUGACAGGGAAAGAGCGCUUCUGGAGAAUGGCCUUGUUUCUGGAAGAUCUACCUCAGUGGCUUCAACUCUCCUUGUCAGCCUACACGAUAUAGAUCUUUUUUACGUGUUGCAAAAUUGCGACCUUUUAUUUCGCAAUGUUAGAUCUCUC